AUGGAUUCGAAUGUGUUACCGAAAGCUCCAGGGUAUCAUACGGGCGAGCACGCAUCCUUAGGAUACAACAGGAGGGACGAUUUCGAAGACACAGUCCGGAGGGACAGUGCACCAGCACCACCGAUCCACGACGUAGAUGGCAAAAGUUUAUCGCACGGUCUGGGAAAUGCUGAUUGUCAAAAUCAGUCAAGCCUUGACAGUGACCUAGAGAAGAAGGGGAGCAAAGGGCAUCCAAGGGCACAUGUCUUCCUUGGAAGACCUAUGUCGAUUAUUCACGAGUUGGCCUUCUUCGUCGUUGUGUCAACGGCCAAUUUUACACCUCAUUCCGGAUUUCACCAAGCUCUCUGUAUCCUUCGCCUUAUAGGUUCUGAUCUGGGCGCUACGAACCCAGGACAACUCGUGUGGCUCAUUGCUGGAUAUGGCCUAACGGGGACGUUCAUUCUCCUGGCAGGCCGCCUUGGGGACGUCUAUGGCCACAAACUCAUCUUCCUCGUCGGCAAUACGUGGUUUGCGCUGUUCUCGCUUGUCGCCGGCCUAUCUGUCUACGCGCCUCGACCUUACGCUGCUUUCCUUUUUGCGCGUAUCAUGCAAGGCCUCGGGCCAGCACUAAUAGUCCCAAACGCUGUGGCGCUAUUAGGCGUCACCUAUGUACCCGGGCAACGAAAGGCUAUGUUGUUCGCCAUCUUUGGGGCCAUGGCCCCGGCUUCUGCUAUCAUCUCGCCGGCAUUUACAAGCCUGCUAGCACUAGCGUGGUGGCCGUAUGCGUUUUUUGGCUUGUCCCUUCUAUUAAUAUUCAUUACUCUUGCCGGUGCACUCGUGAUACCUAGUGAGUUGUCCCCGGAAAAGGUUAGAGUGUCGCCAGGGGGGUUAAAAUCAUUAUGUGCCGAGCUGGAUGUCCCCGGUGCUCUAACUGGGGUUAGUGGUCUUAUUCUCAUCAGUGUUUCCUGGAACCAAGCAUCCGUCAAGGGCUGGCAGAGCCCAUGCGUUCCCGGGCUUCUAAUAGCAGGUGCCCUGCUAUGCGUGGGUUUUAUCUUUGUCGAGAAGUACGCCAGUAAGCCUUUGAUACCACUCGAGGCUGUCAACUCGGGAGUAUUUUUCGUCCUCGGCGCCGUUUUUUGUGGCUGGGGCUGCUUUGGAAUUUAUAUCUAUUAUAUCUGGGGAUUUUAUGAGGUGUUGCGAGGCGCGCCGCCUCUCCUAGCCACGGCAAUGCAUAGUCCAAUCUUGGUCAGUGGUAUUGCAGCAGCCAUCACUACGGGUAUGAUCAUUCACCGUGUAGGACCAGCGGUUGUGAUGGCCCUCGCACUAUUAGCCUUUACCAUCGGCACUACCCUCAUCGCAACAGCCCCUAUUAAUCAGACGUAUUGGACGCAAACCUUCCUCUGCAAUGUGAUCAUCACCUGGGGAAUGGAUUUGAGCUUUCCAGCGGCGACACUUAUGCUUUCGGAUUUGGUAUCUAGCGAGCAUCAAGGCAUUGCAGCCAGCUUAGUUACCACAGUGGUUAACUAUAGCGGUGCGCUCGCGUUGGGCGUUGCUGGAACCGUUGAGCUUCACGUGAAUAAUGGUGGAGUGACCACUGAGGACAUUUUGAAGGGGUACAGGGGAGCCUGGUAGUGAGUAACUCGGAGUCGUUUCGUUCCCCCUUUUUUUGGGUUUUGAGGGAUUGAGGCUCAUUGAGGAGUCUAAUUCGAAACUAUUUUUUUUUUGGGAUAUAGUUUGAACCCCUAUACUUCAAGCAGCUACUGAUUCUCGUCGAACAACAGCGUGGCCAUUGGGCUGGGCGUAGUUGGCCUCGUCCUGUGCUUGAUCUUUGCUUGGAAAUUUUCGAAAGGCCAGAAGAAGACGACUCGAAGUUAAUGAGAAGCGCCACCAUUGCUCUGGGUAUCGGUUGAUGAGACGGGGAUGUUACUACCCGAAAUAUUCUCCGACUAACCUGAUGGCGUUUGCUCGUUAAGUUACUUACAUUUCAUUGAUAAUUCAAUGGGGUGAGGGACAUCCUAGCGAUUCUCGGCAACCAAAGGUAAAUCCUAUUGGUAUGAACAUUUUGUCUUCCAGCAGCUAAUAAAUACCGCUCGCAUUUCAAGCGACGGAAGUGGCACAUAGGGGAUAGUGCGCAAGAGUAAGUAGAAUAGGUAGCCUAGCAUGUAUCUACCUACUCGACGACCAAGACAGUGGCGGGGUGUUCGUCCGAAUGAUCACGGAGUUU